GGCUGUCACUGGUAAUUGAGGUAUGAGAUGGGGUUCACUUCAUGUUGUCGGACGCUACCGUCUACCGUACUCUUUAGCAAGCCGCAAAGUUGCAAUUUCAGGAGAAAAAAGAAGGAUAAAUCAGCAGAAUCAACUAAAGUAAACGUUUCCACUCUUGAUACUGAAAAUGGUUCGAGGACGAGGAGGAAUAAUGAGGGGUGGACGAGGGGGAAUGGGACGUGGCAUGGGUUUCCCGAGGAAACAAUUUCUACCCAGGCAUCCCUUCGAUUACACCCUUUGUGAAGCUGCUUUUCCACCAGUCAAGCCGGCACCAGAUGAGUCGGACUUGACACAGGCUUUGUUGAAGAAAAAUUCGGACAUGUGCCCAACUCCUAAGGAGCAAACGUCCAUUCUUGAUCUUGUUGUCAAGCUGCAAAGUGUUCUGGAUAAUUUAAUUGUCGCGCCUGGCACUUUCGAGGCUUGUCAAUUGGAGGAGCUGAGAAAAGUCGGAAGCUUCAAGAAGGGAACAAUGAUAAAAGGCCACAACGUUGCAGAUAUAGUGGUAAUUCUCAAAACCCUCCCCACUAAAACAGCUGUCGAAGCACUGGGCAAUAAAGUGUACACAGACUUGAAAACGGUUAAUCCAAAAGACGUGUUCAGGCUAGUGCAGACUGAGCGUGGUUUCGAUAUCGCUAAUAAUGAAGCAACUGUGAGGAUUCUCAUAACGACUCUUCAUCAGAAUCUGAGAAAACUAGAGUCUGAGCAGCACGUUGAUGUCAAGAUUUGUCAAGGACACCUGGCAGCUAUCAGACACUCGGGAUGGUUCGAGGAGAACGCCCAUCAUACGAGCAUAAAAAUUUUGAUCCGACUCCUGAGGGACUUGAGAACUAGAUUCGAGGGAUUUGAGCCACUUUCACCGUGGAUGCUGGAUCUGUUGGCACACAAUGCCAUUAUGAAUAAUCCUGGGCGACAGGCCUUGCCGAUCAAUCAGGCUUACAGGCGUGUCCUUCAACUUUUAUCUUCAGGCCUAUUCCUCCCGGGAUCUGCAGGCAUUUCUGAUCCUUGCGAGGGUGGGAAUAUUCGUGUACACACAGCAAUGACCCUGGAGCAGCAAGACCUGGUCUGCCUCACUGCCCAAACUCUCCUCAGAGUCCUUGCCCAUGGGGGCUUUAGGCCCCUCCUAGAAGGCACCAACAAACUCGCUGUCGAGAUGAGUGUGUGGCCCGGUGGAGUUGUCGCCAGUCCCCUGGACAAGGCUUACGAGCCUCCGACUGAUCAAGAACAGUCAGAGGACAUGGAGGAGAACAACGAGGAGAUGAUCACUGAGACCUCUUAAUUUUUAACUUGUCAAUUUCUCCAUAUUCAAUGAAUUUCUACAAAUUAUUCGUAUUUCUAUAUGUAUUGGCUCCAAAAUGAUCGACAUGGCGAAUUUUUUAAUCACCACGAAUGCUAAAAAUAAAGUCAACUGUGUAAUUGAAAUACCUCA